UCACCUUAUGACUAGAAGCAACCUUCUAUCGAGAUGUGUGGUUCACUCAACUCAUAGCUCUUACACUAUGUGUUUUUUCAGUCAACAAAUCUUAAAAGUUUAAACUCUGAAAUAUAUGCCCUCAAAGAUUUCAAAGGAGAGGUUGUGCACCUCUGGCAACCUUCUGGCUAUUUCUGAAUUUUGCCCAAACUCCACCUGUCAGUUGCACCACUUGAUCCUCAUGACCCUGUAGGAAAGCCAGGAAGGUAUUGUCUGAAAAGGCUGUGUCUGAUCCCAAUCUUCCUGAGACUAGGAAGAUUAGGUUUACUAGGGCUCAAUCCCGCCCUAGGCUCCACCUACCCUCCUCAUUUAUUAUUAACAGCCUGAGGACCCACCUGGACUUUCCUUGCUGCCUUUGAGGAAAUUCAUUCUUCGGGGACAAGCAUGGCCUGGAAGAUCACACCACUGCUGUGCCUUUUGGUGUGUGUGGCUGCUGUGCGGGCAGCCCGGCCCAGGACUCAGCUCCUCAAUGUCUGCAUGAAUGCCAGAUACCACAAGGAAAAGCCAGGUCCCGAGGACAAGUUACACGAACAGUGCAGCCCUUGGAAAAAGAAUGCCUGCUGCUUUGCCAACACCAGCACAGAAGCCCAUAAGGAUAUUUCCAGCCUGUACAGAUUCGACUGGGACCACUGCGGCAAGAUGGAGCCUGCAUGCAAGCGCCACUUUAUUCAGGACACCUGUCUCUACGAGUGCUCACCUAACCUGGGGCCCUGGAUCCAGGAGGUAUGGGCACCAGCCCUGCAGCCUCAGCAGAGGACAGCCCCCUAG